UCCACGGCCCAAAGCCCAAUCUCGCAGCCCUAGGCGCCAGCCGAGCGGGAGCCUCUCGUCCAGGUCCAGCACUGGGCACCAAAACCUCGGGAGGCAACCGGCCGCCGGCGUCGCCCUCGUAGCAAGAUGUCGUUCCGGGCGCAGGAGAUGUACAAGAAGGUGGUGCGGCGCGUGGGCGGCGAGGGGAAGCUGCCGGCGGAGCUGAUGGAUUCGGUGAAGAACAUGCUGCCCAACAGCAAGGUCGUCAUGGGGCGGGCCAAGCGCGGCAUCUUCGCCGGCCGCCACAUCCAGUUCGGGAACAAGGUCUCCGAGGACGGGGGCAACAAAUCUAGGCGAACAUGGAAGCCAAAUGUUCAGGGGAAGCGUCUUUUUAGCUAUAUUCAUGACCGGCACAUUAGAGUCAAGGUUACCACUCAUGCACUCCGGUGCAUUGACAAAGCUGGUGGGAUAGAUGAGUACCUCCUGAAGACACCUUACCACAAAAUGGAUACUGAGAUGGGGAUAGUGUGGAAAGCAAAGAUAGAAAAGAUGUAUUCAGAGCUGGCUGACAUGGAAGUAGGCUUCUUCCCUCCUGAGGAAGAGGCUAAGAUUGAACAGGGUUUCGAUGAUGUUCGUGCUGCCAAGAGGAAUUUCCGUAAGGAAGCAAGAAGAGCUUUGGCGAAACAGAGGCAAUUAGAAGCAGGUAAUGCUGGUGAUGACCAACAGAUUGAAGUAGCAGAUUCAAAGGAAGAGGUCUCUGAUGCUGCUGCGUAGUUUGCACCUAACCUGCGUACUCGUCUUCAGUGAUCAAAGAAGGAAGAGAAACAUUUGGUGCCCCUGGACAAAUAAUGGGAGGCUUAUUAUUUGCUAUUGAGUGGGGAAAAUUUACUUGCACAUCAUCUAUCCCCUUUUCUGGGAGCGGCAGUCAAUGUUAAACCCGAAGUCUCUUCUAUACCAGCAUCUUGAUGUUGCAAGCAUUUGCAGAUUUGGUGUAAUUUCUGUACAAUUGUUGAAUACUCUAGUGCCAACAUUCAGAUAAGUUUUUCUUCUAGAAUUUUUCUAUUUUCUACAACUGUCACUUCAGCUGAGCCGAAAUAUCCUACGUCUGAGAGCAAUGAGUGGAUAGAUGGUAAGAUAGCUAGAGUCAUAACAUCCCAGCUCAUGUCUGCUACAUUCCUAUUCGUUGCUACUAUUCUAAGUAGCCACUUGCUUGAAAGCAAUCGAAACGCUUCUCUAGCCUACCUUACUGUACAUCGUUGUAGCAUCCAAUGAUAUGGUGCAAUUGUUUAGUUGGACCAAUCUGCUUCCUUAGAUUCAGAACAUUUUUAAUUUGAACCCUUUUGAUGUA